AUGAAGGAAGUCCACAACCAGGAUACCAAGGACGACCCCAAGAAGGAACCCAUGAACCUGCACGAGGCAUGCGAGGAGGGAGAGAGGGACGCCUUCGUCUACCCACCGAGCAGGGACACCGCCAACGACCCAAGCAUCCCACCGGGCGACUACACCGACGACGACGACCUGGACCUCGACACGACCUUCAUCCUCGUCCGCGCCUCCCAGUCGCUCUGCCUCAUCGUCACCUUCGCGUUCUACACCUCCCUGGUGCUCUCCAGGGCCGACGACGACGACAGAAAACAGAGCAACAUCUUCUGCGUCCUGCAGACCAUGGAGAGCAUCACCGUCGACGCCGUCACCGUCCUCUUCAUCCUCACGGGCUGCGCCGACUCCCACCACUACUGGAGUGAAGACGCCAAGCCCCUGCGCGUGCUCUACGACGUCAACGCGGAGGUCUACCCGCACCUCGCCCUGGUGAACCUCCUCCUCAUCCCUUUCGGCAUGAUGGCGCAAGGCCUGUGGUCCAGCCCGAUGACCUGGGCCAUCAACCUCGGCUCGCUCCUCUACCUCUCGCCCUUCAUGGAGACCCAGCAGCAGGCCCACUACAGGCUCUUCAACGAGUCGACCUCCAUCCUCAUGACCCUCCUCCUCUGCAGGACGGCCUUCCCGCUCGUCCGCCUCGCCAUCGCCACCACCGUCAGGAACUUCCCCGAGAGGCACGAGUACGUCAACAUGGCCAACAUCUUCUUCCAGAUCACCGUCUCGUGCGUCAUGACCUCGGUCAACAUGCGCGACAACCACUUCUACUACUCCUUCCGCUUCCUCCUCACCCGCUUCUCGGAGUACACCCUCGGCUGCGUCUGCUACAUCUACAUCAGCCGCAGGACCACCCGCGGGCGUCUUCCACUGGGGCAGGCAUCCGCGCCAUCCGCUACUGGGAGGCACGUCCUCUUCCUCCACUUCCUCGUGUGGGUCUCGCAGAUCGACCAGACCCAGCCCACCGACGACGCCCUCUGCGCAAGGAUCGCCCUCGGAGCCCCCUGCAUGACCCACUUCGACCCCGGUCGUCUCCCGCGCCGUCCCCGCAGGUGGCUCUCCGAGCACCUCCCCAUCGCCAGGCUCGGCCUCGUCUACCAGUACCCGGUCGCCGCCCUCCUCGCCGCACUCAUGCGCCUCCUCCGCCUUGGACGCGUCGCCACCCUCUUCGCCGCACUGUCCUACCUUUUCGCAUGGUUCAUCACCUCCGCCGCAAACCGCCACCUCACCCCAAGGCUCGUCCCCGUCCUCGACCGCAUCCUAGACGCGGUUCAGGAGAGGAUAGGACGAUGGUAG